UUUUGAAAAUCAAAUUUUGGAUUUAAAAAAGAACACAUUUUUAGCUAACGAUAGCUACUCCAGCACAGUAGGUGGCAGUACACUGGGAAUAGUUAUCCAGGGAGAUAUACGUUACUCUUAAGAGGAAGCAUGGCUAGCAUUCUUCUCUCGUGUAACUAAUACACCUCGUAUGAAUCAAAAUACUAGGUCAUCGUUUCACUAUCUUUACACAAGGAUAUUGACACCAGUCUGCUACAAUGGAAGUGUUGAUGCAUCACCUUUGGCAGAGAGUCUUGCCCCGCCUACCCAGAGCCAUGAGCACUCCCUGUAAAAGCGAUUUGAGCUGUGCUGCUGGACAUGCCCCCACUGACUCCAUCUCCCGCCCUAGCACACACCUUCCCCCUAGCACACACCUUCCCCUAGUCUCCCAUCUCUUCCAGCCCUCCAACCUGCGUGAUGUGGGCCAGGAGAAGCGUGCUCAGGUGGAUAUGACCUGCAAGAGCCAGAGACUGAUGCAGCAGGCAGGUCUCAUUCACCCCUCCAACCCUGGCUGCUACUACUACCUCCCGGCCACUGUGCGCUCCAUGGAGAAGCUGGUGAGGCUGAUCGACCAGGAGAUGCAGGGGAUCGGUGGGCAGAAGCUGGACAUGCCCAGCCUGUGUUCGGCAGAGCUGUGGAGACGCAGUGAGCGCUGGGACCUGAUGGGGAAAGAGCUGUUCCGCCUGAGGGACCGCCACGGGGCGGAAUUCUGCCUGGGCCCCACCCAUGAGGAGGCUGUGACCGAGCUACUGGCCUCUCAGGGAACCCUGUCCUACAGGCAGCUGCCUCUGCUACUCUACCAGAUCACCCGCAAGUUCCGUGAUGAGCCGAAGCCUCGGUUUGGGCUUCUACGCGGGCGGGAGUUCUACAUGAAGGACAUGUACACAUUUGACAUGAGCGAAGAAGCUGCAUACCACACAUAUGAAUCUGUGUGCCAGGCUUACACCCGCCUUUUCUCUCGGUUAGGCCUGUGCAUUGUCCAGGUCCACGCUGAUACAGGAAACAUUGGAGGUAAACUCUCCCAUGAGUUUCAGCUCCCCGCAGACAUCGGAGAGGACAGGCUACUGGUCUGUGGUAGCUGCUCCUUUUCUGCCAAUGUGGAGACCAUGGAACCAGGCCGGACAGACUGCCCACAGUGCCAGGAGGGAACGCUGGUGGAGUCUAAGGGCAUAGAGGAGUUUGAUAAGGUGCCCAUGUUCAUGAAGACAGCCCCUGAGGAGAUCGACCCCAUGAAACACCCGGAGCUGGCUGCUAUUCAGUCCAUUAUACACGACGAUGACAGACCACUAGAAGAGCAAGCCUUGAAAGAUGAGGGGAACGACUACUUCAAGGAGAAGAACUACAAGAAGGCGAUCGUGUCCUAUACGGCUGGGCUGAAGAAGAGCUGCAGUGACUAUAAUGUUAAUGCCAUCCUGCACACUAACCGGGCGGCAGCACACUUCCACCUGGGUAACAUGCGUUCUGCACUGAAUGAUGCUGUCGCUGCAAAGGAGUAACCAGACCACCUCAAAGCAUCAAUCAGAGGUGCCACGUGUUGCACAGAGCUGAAAAAAUAAGACGCCCUGCAGUGGUGUGAAGAGGGACUCGAGCUGCAGCCGACAGACAAGAAGCUGCUGGAGCUGAGAGCUACAGCAGACAUAAGGCAUGACAGAACGGUAGGGAGAGAAGCAAGGAAGGCAAAGGUCAAAGAGAAGAAGGAGCACAGUGAGAGAGAGGCCCUACUGGCUGCCAUCAAGGAGCGUGGCAUCCAGUUACAUCAGCGUCCCAGGCGCAGGUCUGACAGUGAGGAUGAUGGAGGCUCCUGUAGAGCCAUGGCAGGGCUGGACCUGGAUGGUAUGUGUUCUACGGAGGCCACAGGUGUGAAGGUGUUCCUGGAUGAACCGGGAAUCAUGCACUGGCCAGUUCUCUUCCUGUACCCCGAAUACCAACAAACAGACUUCAUCUCAGCCUUCAGCGAGUCCUCCAGCUUCCUAGAUCACCUGAAACUCAUGUUUGGAGAGGAACUCCCACCCUGGGACAUUAACAGGAAGUACUCUCCCCAAAACCUUCAGGUGUUUUAUAAAGGCAGGAACUCCCAGCUUCGUCAUUCUGGUAAAGGGGUCACCGUUCUGCGAGACGUUCCUAUCAGAAAGGAAAACACAGCUUUUAACACAUUCUCUUCAUCAGUCAACCUAGACCUGUCAAUCAAAAAGAACAAUGAACUCUCUCUUUUCACCAGUGAACAACACAAAUUGAGUUAAAUUACAUAGAAGAGACAGUGUUGCAAGCUGCAUCCCCACGUUCAGGGAUUGAGAAUGUUGCGGUGCUCAUGAGCUGUGCAUACUCUUACCUAGAGAUCAAAUAGUAUUUUAGAGUGGGCGUAACCUGUCAUACAAUCUGUUGUAAUAUUGUCACUAUAACUAAAAGGCCUUUAAUGGAAUGUACACAAA